AAUAAAUAAAGUAGAAGAAACUUCAAACUUGUUUUUUCGUAAGCUAAAACCCUACUCAACCCAACUGCAGCUAGCUAUACUUGGACGAAAGAGCAGAAGAAGAAAUACUACAAGCACUAAUUACACAAAACCCAUGUCCUCCACCCGAUACUCCAUCUUAGCAUUGGCACUUGCUACUCUGUUUUCUGCUUCUUCAGCUAUCUCCUUUUAUAUAUGGAAGAAAAAUUUGAUAGAAUGGGAUUCAAAGAUGAAAGAGCUUCAAAAAUCCCUCAAUUCUGCUUUGGAAAAAUGUGCUGCUGAAAGACAAGGUCGGAUUAGGGCUCAACAGGCAUUGAGGAAAGCAGUAGUCGCUCAACCACAAGCCAAGUCUGAGAAUUUAGACAUACCAUCGUAUCCAAUGGCACCUAUUGGUAUCGUUCAAUCUUGUUUUUCUACAAGGAAUGGAACCCCUAGGCAACCUCUACUUGUCCCUCUUGCUAGGGCAUGUUUGGUUUUUGAUUCAACUAGAGUGCCUCCAGCAUCACUUGAGGGUCUCGAGGAAUACUCUCAUUGCUGGAUUAUAUAUGUAUUUCAUUUGAAUACAGAUCUGGAAAAGUUAUGGAAGCAUCCAUCUAAAUCAAAGUUUAAGGCCAAGGUCAGAGUUCCAAGAUUGAAAGGAGGAAGGCUGGGAGUUUUUGCUACACGAUCUCCACAUCGACCGUGUCCUAUAGGACUUACUGUAGCAAAGGUGGAGGCAGUACAAGGAAAUAUGCUUCUACUCUCAGGAGUAGAUCUAGUUGAUGGAACACCAGUGCUGGACAUCAAACCGUAUCUUCCAUAUUGUGACAGUAUUGAAGGAGCAGUUGUACCUAACUGGGUCAUGUUGGAUAGUAUGUUGUCAGUGGCUUCCGUUGGCUUCUCUAAUGACUUCUCUUCCUCACUCCUGGACUGCUGGAAAUCAGUGGAGAAGAAGUCCCUAUAUUCUUCACCGGAUGAGCUCAAAAGCUUGGUAAAACAAGCCCUUUCAUGGGAUAUUCGUUCGGUAUCUCAACGAAACCGACCUCAUAAUAAUCUCCUCAAAAUAGGAAGUGGUGAUGCCUCUGAUAAUGCUUCAGAUUUGGAUGAUUCCCGAGAUGGAGAAGCUUCCGGAGAGUUAAUUUAUCACCUGAUUUUGGAUGGAAUGGAUUUCUCUUACAAGAUUGAUGGCAAUGGCAAUGUGAUGGUGAAGGAAGUCCAUAUUUCAUCUGCCAUCUCCUUUGGUAAUGAAAAACGUUGCAAUUUCUUGAUGUGGAAAGACAAGCAUAAAUAAACUGUUUGCUUUCUAAAGCCUGACAUUAUUCCUAUUCUCACUAAUGUUAAUUUUGUUGGGACAUUUUCUUUUUCUGAUGCUGCAUAAAACUAAGAAUGUGUUGUUUUUAAUUACCGACUGUCUUUCAGCUUUGAACUUGACAAGAAAUAUGAUAUGAUUCAACAGAUAA